UAUCUAUCUAAACAAAUAAAUAAAAGCUAAAUAUAAGCGCACUUCACCACAUCUAGUCCAAGAUUGAUGCAAUUUUUCAUGCGUUUUCGUCUUGUGAGUCGUCUUCUUCCUAGUGGGAUGGUGGGAGUAAGGACUUUGAGGCAAUGUUUUCCUUGCCUGGAUAAGACGUGGAGGAACUUUCUUUUUACUAAACACUCACAAUCAAUUCGCUAGGUGGCAUUACAACUGUUGGGAUUAGUAGUAACACACCCUAGAAUUCGCUGUCCUGAGCUUUUGAAUCCGAAGCGUAGUAAUAAAAAAUACUGUUAUCUAUAUUAAUUAUGCAUUUAUGUAAUCAAUCUAAUCUGAGAAGAAAAAAGAAAAUCCGGUAUAAAACAUAACAUACAUAAAUAUUUUAUGCGAUAACAUUACUCAUCAGUUACAAUAUCGACAGGGCUCAUUAUCUUAUCUAUCAGUAUAACAAGUAUCGAUGUUAUUAUGGUUUACAUCGAACAUAAACAUAGCUAAAGUAACAUUGGAGGAUAAUUAGAAAUUUAGGGGACAGAGUACAUUCGUGUAUGUAAACUUAACGUUAUUGUUCAGUUCCUUAUCAUUUGGCACGCCUGAAAGGAAAUUUUAGUACAUAGGGUGAUGUGUACAAAAUUCCUCAACAUACAAUGAGUCAAGAAACUGUGAUAACGCCAUUAUUGUUAUAAUUCGCUUCCUGGACUGUCGAGUUUCAAAUCGGUCUGAAAAAUUCAGUGCUGUGGAUAUAAAAAUACAAUUGAUGUGGGCUUUUACUGAAGAAUAGUGAAUUACAACAGGAUAGGAUUUUGCUGUGCACAAUGUUAAAGUUCCUAGGUUUCAAGGCUUCGCUAAACUUUAAUAACGGAAAGUCAAGCGGUUUGGAAUACUUUGAGACACCUGGUAUUUCUCUCAAUGGUGCCUACAGGACAAAUAAGGAUGAACUAUUUGGUAGCGACCUUUAUACGGAACACAAUACUCCCAAGAAAUCAACACCGUCUCAAAGAAAAGUGCCCACAAAAUCCUUAGCGUCAAAUAAACAAUCGAAAAGCACCAGCGAAUUAACAAAACCUUCCAACGAGGCAAUGAAUGUAAGAAAAAGUGUGCCCGACAUUUCGCAGACGGCUAGUCAACCUCCACAAAUCAAUAUUAAAGAACAAAAGAAAUUGGAGAAACAGCGUCUCGCCGAGCAGAAGAAACAAGAGAAAUUAGCGGAGAAAGAGAGGCAGCGAGCAGAAAAAUUGAGGAAGGCAACGGAGAAACAAAAAGUUGUGCAACCGAGUGCAGCACAAAGUCAACCACAAAACCAGGAACAAAAGAAACCAAAAAAACGAGCCGCACCUCAACCACAGAAACAAAGCACCGCUCCUCAAGUCCAGCAACAACGGACCCAACAAUCAACCCAACCAAGCAACCGUCAAUCCAAACAACAAUUGCCUAGAACUCCAUCUGAUGCCCGUCAUAAACAACAGUAUACAACAAACACUCUAGAAAGUUCGAUAAGUAAAAGCAGCGGUCCACCUCCCUAUUCAUCGGUCUCAGAAAUAUCACCGAACACGCAUGAUGGCACCGGAAACACUAGCUUUUCGACUCCAGUGGAAGAUAUGGACAGUUGGGGCUUGAUAUCCCAGCAUAGACAACAGAUGAACAGACAAGCCGGAGUCAGCAAAAGCUCCUCUAAACAAAAGCACUUGGAUUUAAAUUAUAAUGCUGGCAGUACAAGGACUAAGGAAACAAGUAAAAGUUAAAUUGAUUAGAAAAAUCAUAUAUUUAUGUUUUUUAAUAUUAUUUAAGCUUUAUUUUAACGAUGUCUACUAUAAUUGCAAUUCAGAUUCAAUAAUCACUCUACUCUUUUCGUGGUAACUCUACUACAGAUCCGGAAGCCAGAAAAUUAGGUACUUAAUUUUUACAUUAAUUUACCAAGAUAAUGUGUGUACAAUUCACAAGU